UAAAGAAAUAAAUAUAUGCGUCUUCUGAUUUCAGGGAAAAGGUUUCUUUUGAAAACAAGCGAGCAACAAUAUCAAGGCCACAGUAAGGAAUGAAGUACCAGACGGAGAUGAGGAACGUUCUUUUCAGAAGUCUUUUUGUUUGUCUCAUCGUAUUAGUCCUCUCUCUGCACUUGUGCAGUUCUGUAGAGCCACACAUCCAUGACAAGGUUCUGCAUAAAAUCAACUCAGAGUGUCUAAACAGCAACAAAACUGUUAGUAAGGCAUCCAUACCUAGUAUCUUCGAGUCAUUUACAACGUCAUUAUUUGAAGAUUUACUAGGCAGAAAAUCAAGCCGAAAGAAAAGGAGUAUUAUGAAGAGAUAUAAGAGAAAUGUGGGAUUGAUUUUCCCAGGUACAAAAUGGUGCGGCAUAAACAAUAACGCUGCAAAUUACUCCGACUUGGGCGUUAGCGUGCAUACAGACAAAUGCUGUCGUGAACACGACCAAUGUCCUAGAUAUAUUCUGGCUGGAAAAGAGAACUAUGGACUUCAAAAUCAGGAUACGUUCACCAGAAGCGACUGCAAAUGCGAUAACGCUUUCCGAGAUUGUCUUCACCUAGCCAAAUGUGAAGCCCCAUUGUCCAGGGAUCGAUUUACAGCAGGUUUCGUCGGGAUGUUAUAUUUUACGGACCUGAACACAUAUUGUAUUAAAUUCCCAGAAGGAAACUGUACAAAGUAAGUCGAAAGAUUCUUUCUUUUUUUAAGUAUGU